UGCUUUGUCCGGUCUGCUGACUUGACUGCCGUCUGUCGCCAUUAGUGACGUCACGAAGGCUGCCGCGGGACUCCAGCGCGUGCACGUCUGCUCGUCUUCGCACGCGCGCGCCAGGGUGCACCCGCCAGUCAUGCAAGAAAAAGUUUGUUCGGGAGGUUCCUGUUCUUUCCACGACGGGGACCGCUCGCCGGACGCCCUCCGCGCCUACCCGGAGUACCCGCACGAGUACGGCGGCUUCAGCAUCACCGGGACACUCCCGGCGGACCGCGGGGGGCGGAGCCCGACGGGCGGCGGGCGGGCGCCGCACGUGCGCUCGCUGAGCGACGGCAGGGAAGCCGCCCGCUUCCUGAUAUCCAGGAGGAGGACCCAGAGCGUGGGCGCGGGCACGCGGGCGCAGGACGAGCGGCACGCCGGCGGCGCCGCGCAGGUCGCGGCAGAUGGCGGGAGAAGCGAUGCCGUGACCUCGGACGAGGCGCGAGGUCGUCGCCCGGCUUUCCCUCCGGACCCGGAUCUGCACGUAGACCCGGACCGGAACGCAGAGCCGCUCGGGCGUGGCCGUUUUCCGGGCGCGGACGCCGCCUGGUCUUCCUCCGCGGCCGUCGGUCGCGGUCCCGGCGACGUCCUGCGGCGGCGGCUGGCCCGCGUCCGGACGGAGCUGGCGCGGGCCGACUCGCAGCUGCUGUGCGAGCGCGCCCGCUCGCAGCGUUUGUCCCGCCAGAGGCAGGAAGUGGCGGAGACGGAGCGGUCGUUGAGCCGGCAGGUGGACGUCGCCGUCACGGUGAUCGCCGCCCUCAAGGAGCGGAUCGACGCCUCCGAAAACGAACUCGAGCGACGGGAGAGGCAGGUGCUGACCAUCCAGAAGUUUCUGGAAGCGGCCGCGCGCCAGGAGACCAGCGGAAAAGUCCGAAUCCAGUUCUUCAUCGAGAACCUGCUCAGACGCAUCGCGUUGGCCGAGACCCUCUUGGAGAACUACCAGCCGCGCCAGACGCCGACCAACCGCAACAAACCUCACAGGAUCGCCAAGAGCAGGUCAGCGGGAUGUCAGCUGUCGUCCGGUCUCCACGGCAACACGACCCCUCCGUCGGGCGACCAGCGCGACCGCGACCAGCGCGAGCGUCUGGCACGCGCGUCGCGCCUCUUCUGCCGACCCGAACGCCGAGACGACAUCUGGAACCAGCGGCGGCGCUCGGCGGGAUAUCUGGCGUAACGUCGUCACGAGGGGGCGCUCUUCAGCGCCGCUAAAUCAUUUCUUGGGGGCGGUGGGGGGGCUCAAGGGCCACAUUUGAUUCUUAAAACAGACACAUGGGCAAAUGUGAAUUAUAAUUCCAAUUCAAAUAAUACAAGUUUAAAUAUUUUAGAUAAUUUUAUCAAAACAAUUUGAAUUUUACUAAAUGACAAAUGGAUUUGUUUUAUUAAUAAUUAUAGGUAAGGUAUAUAGGUAAGUUAAAAGUGAUAUGUAAAAUAUGAUAUAUUUAUUAUCAUUGAUUCCUCAACAAAUGCAUUAAUACAAAAAUAUAUUUUAAAUGUAUAGAAAAAAUUAUUUCACCAAUAUAGUUUUAUUAUUUAUGAUAACUCAAUAUUUAAUGAGACGCAGGCCCCUCCCCUUUUGUGGCCCACAGGCCAUACAUUGCCUGCCCCUGAUUUCAUAAAGUUGUUAUAUUUAUAUAUAAAAUGUCUUUGCAUUCUUAAUGUGAUUAUCAUGAAGAAACAUCCUGUGAAAUCUUAGUAAGAAUACCAAUAUUCGUGAAAAAUCAAAAUUAAUGUUCAUGUUGCGUUUUAUCAGAGCAUUUACUAAAGUCACAUGUGACUUGUGAUGAUGUCAUCAUAGAUUGCCAUAUCUAUGAUGUUACGUGUUGUUUCUCGAUGCGCACCUUUUCUUGUUGAUUGUUUUUGUCCAGGCCACAUGUAGCACAAGCUAAUGCUUCUAGAACAUUCAAGUGUGUAUGACAGGCCGGAAAGCACGUGACAGAGACAAUCGGCACUUUUCAUUGCUCAAGGUCAAAGGUCAAACAGAAGUAGUUGUUUGUACACUCCGUCCCGUAAACUUCACGUUGACAGUCGCUGCGAAUCCACUUAUUUAUUAUACUUGCAUAUUAAACAACAUGCCACCGAAAGUGUCAGUGCUGUACUCUAAUAACAUUAAUCUAUCCACACGUGUUCCUAUACAGGAGAUACAGGAAGUCGGGGCAAAUUUGGGAUUUUUUAAAACUAACCCAUUUGUCGUCAUGCGGUCCGUGUUUAAUCCAGGUUUAGUCCUAAUUUAAUAAUCAUUUCAUGUAAGUUUAAUGUUCAUGGUUUCCUCUAUAUAGCUCAACUAUCCUAAAAAUCAAGCAUUACAUUCUCCUUAGGGGGAUAUCAAAGAAGAAAAAGAAAAACUUGCUUCCGGGUCGGCGGCACGGCGGGCGACUGGUUAGAGCGUCAGCCUCACAGUUCUGAGGACCCGGGUUCGAUCCCCGGCCCCGCCCGUGUGGAGUUUGCAUGUUCUCCCCGUGCCCGCGUGGCUUUUCUCCGGGCACUCCGGUUUCCUCCCGCGUCCCCAAAACAUGCAUGAAUUGGAGACUCUAAAUUGCCCAUAGGCUGUGAAUGCGAGUGCGAAUGGUUGUUUGUUUGUAUGUGCCCUGCGAUUGGCUGGCAACCGGUUCAGUGCGUACCCCGCCUCCCGCCCGAUGACAGCUGGGAUAGGCUCCGGCACGCCCGCGGCUCAGAAAAUGGAUGGAUGGAUCCUUCCGGGUCAGUUUGGUCAUUUGAGCGUCAUUCCAAGUUUUAGUUUUGCAAUUAUGUCAACUUCAAACCUUUUGUUUUUUCCUGCGUUGUCAACAAUUAUGAUCAAUUAUGCCCCCACCAAUAAAAAUCGCUUUCAUGCCAACAUUUUUUUCACAUUUUUGCUUUCAUGUAACUUUUUUCGUGCUCAUGUCCACUUUUUUUCUCUACCAACAUUUUAUUGUAUUUGUAGCUUUCCUGUCAACAGCAUUCAUUUUGGCCUUAAACUCACAUUGUCUUUUUUUUUUCCUUUCAUUGUCAGAAGUUUUUUUCACUUUUUUGCUUUCAUUUUUCCCCAAUCAGGAUUUUUUUGGUGUUUGCUAUAAUACCAAUAUUUUCAUUUACAAUCAUGUCAAAAAUAUUACGUUAAUUAAUAUACAUCCACUUUAAAAAUUGUUACUGUUGUCAACAAUUUCACUUUCAUGUCAAACUUUUUUCGCUUUCAUGUCAACAUCUUCAGAAAUGUUUGCGAUCAUGUCAACAAAUCGCUUUAAUGUAAAUAAACGUAUGCACUUUCAUGUUAAUUUAAAAUUGUUAUGUAAAAACAAUUGUGACUUUGGGGUAAAAAAAGAACAAAAAAUAACAAUUCACUAUCAAAAAUCCAGUCAUCAAAAUAAUUGCUCACAUAAUUUUUUUGUUUUCAAUAUGUCAACAAUUUUUCCAAUUUUUGCUUUUGUCUUUUUUUUUUACUUGGUAUGUCAAUAAUGUAUUAAUGGUCGCUAUGAUUCUCAUACCACGAGUUGUGAAAGUGAAAACAACAUAAAAACAAUUUGUAUAAUAUUUCUCUCAAGUCAGACUUGACUGUGAAAAAAUGUCUCCUUCCAUUUCCAAAACACAACUCCUGUAUACCUUCACAUUUAGCGGGUUGUAAUUUUGUAUGACUUGUUUGAUGUGUUCGAAAUGUUCCAAAAGUAAUGUCUUGUUUUUUGGCUACCAGUAACAGGUUCAAAGUUCAAGUGAGAAACCUCGUGCAAAACUGUGAACCGUUUUAAUGCUCACUUGAAAGAUGAGCCGAAAACUUGAAGUCUAAAAUGAAAUGCAGGUGAGAAACAUGUAAGAUCUCAUGCAACCUAUAAAAGUAAUUUCCAGUAAAAAAUGACGAGGAGGCGGCAGUGGCGUGUUGUUUUUCUCUUGUUCUAGAAGCUUUAUUGGUAGAUAAUGUUUACAUCUUACAACGCAUUCCACAAACUUUUUCUGGUCACAAUUUUUAAGUAUGAACAAGUCGAUCACACGAUUCAAACAGAUGCUGGAAGUUUAUAAAGAGUUGAGCUCCACACAUAAUAUGCUUUUUACGCCUUGCUUGUUGUUUCUCUUGUUGUAUUGAAAUCAUUGGAUGUUGUUGACGUGGCAGAUUAAUGUACGGUAAACGUGUUUCUUCCAUCACUACAUCGCGGCCAUGACACCAAGACGACGACAGCCGAACGUUUUUCUAGAAAGAUGAGCCUAGCGUGUUACUCACAAGCCAUGAAGAUGAUGAAGAUGAAGACGUCGGCAAAUGCUCAAAAGCCCCGCCCACCUUCGGGCAGAAAACAAACAUCCUCCACGAAGAGACAGAAGCCGGCUGGAGG